GCUGAAGAACCAUCAAGCAGACCGUCGGCCUCUGCAGUCUGGGAAAUAGCACAGUCUACUCCGCGGGAUGACCAAGGGUUUUUCUGUGGCGACUGUUGUCGGGAACGCAACCCGGUCUUUGAUCCCGAGUGCUACGAGGACAUUUCGUUGCCCCCCAUUACCAACCCUAGGAGACUGAUGCCUUCUAGCCUUAACACGUCCAUUGAGAGGCAGUUAGGCAGACCAGCUCCGGGUGUUGCGUCAACAAGCAUUAUGCCUCUUGAAUUUCGAUUGAGCGAUAUCGGCGCCAUGAAGGAUCCAGCCCUAGAGAUUUCCUCAGUCGGCUUUGGGCUUGAUUUGGCAUACCAAACGCCACGGGACCCUUUUCAAACUCCUGAAAGGCGUACCACUGCAACUGUAACGCUAAGGAAGCGGCCCGGCGGCAGAAAACUUGGGGGACACCUUAGACCGGAAGUGGCAAAGGAUGCACAUAGAAUGAGAAAGAUAGGCGCAUGCUGGCGUUGCGUAAUCCAACGAGACAGAUGCGAUUCGUCAAAUAUAUGCGAAAGGUGCCUGAAAAGGUCACACCCCUCGCUCGUUGAUAAUAUGCAUACACGCCUCGAAUGUAACAGGGGGAGCCUGUACGAUCUAGCCCCCCAAUUCCUCCCAGCCGUUCUGCGCCGCCCAUACCAGGAGAGCGAAAUCCAGAAAUCUUGGACCGACAGAAUUGAGUCUUGGCGUAGUGAGCGAAAAUAUGUCCUCACUUUAAGCUGGAGAAUUACUCCACCUUUAGUGGAAGAAAACGUCCAAGAAGGAGUCCUGAUUAAGACCCCCCUACCGGGAACUGAAUACCUCAAGAAAACCGUCCGGGAAAUUGCUCUAGGAUUGGACUUGUCUAAUGGUUCUAAUGGUUCCAAAUACGCGCAGUACAUCUCGUCAGUGAUUUACACUGGCAUCGGAGACGUUCCUUUCGCGCUCUACCCGGGGACAAGCGAGUGCAAUGUGCUAUAUAGAGAACUUAUCACCCAAGUAUUUGGGUACUAUGAAUGCACGGGUAAUGAAACCUUGGCCGAAAUGGCAAAGCUUCUCAUUAUGACGCAUUGUUUCACCCAUUCCCCAAGUCUCCUCCGCAGCAUUCCAAAUCUCCAGGCUCUGUCUCGCAAUACGCCGCUGCCAAUGAGUGAUAACCUAGGCUUGGAGUUGCUAUACCAUCAGCUCAAAUCACAUUUGGCACUCAUCCAAAGCACACAACUGGAUCUGCUCCUAGAAAGAUGCGAUAAAGCUCUUCGUACACCAAAGACAGCGCACUUGUCCCAGGGUUUGCCACUAAUCCUUACGUUCAUCGGGCUAGCGAUGAACUUGGAGCAAAUUCAGGUUGCUCUUCAUCGCCUUUUAGUUGGCCAUAGAGGCGACCAGGCAGAACAGGAGGACUCCUGCCGUCGUAUCGAACAGGGGAUUGAUAUGAUUAUUGGGAUUUGCCGGUUAAAGUAUGGGGCACAGCCAAAAACGCAUUUCCAGCAUCGUAAUGCUGUUGACGGGGAUUCCGCCGAGACCACUUUUGCAUUGAAUCUAGACGGCCUUAUUUCUAGACAUGUGGAAUUUCUCUCUCGUAGUGCCGAAAUAAAAUUGCCAGUCGUGGAUCCGUCUCUCUAUCCUGGACGGCUUACUUCGAAGUUCCUUCUUUGGUUUGGAGAAAUCGCCCGACUCCCACUCCAAUCACCAACCGUUGAGUGUGACGCGGGUGUGAAAUAGCGCCGAGAGCCAUUCCCUUCUGUGCCGCGAGAAGCGGAACCUGCCCUUGUGUACUGGAUGCUACCCUGGUGCACUAAUGACAUCAACGUGUACACAUUCUUUCUCAAGGUCAGUGCCACUGGAUUAAUUCAGCUCAUGUUCGAAACCGUUGAGCAUGAUAGAACAGCC